AUGGUCCUUGCAGCCGUGGGGCAGCUAUGCUCGACUGCCAACAUAUCUCUCAACUUGACCCAAUGCCAAACCCUGGUUCGGAAGGCUGUCACUGCCGGAGCUAAGGUGCUGUUCCUGCCCGAGGCCUCAGACUAUAUCGCCUCCUCGGCAGAUGAGUCCUAUUCUCUUGCUCACUCCCAAGAGCGGACUGACUUUGUUUCAUCACUACAAAACCAAGCCAGACAAGAAAAAAUCCAUAUCAAUGUCGGCAUUCAUGAAGCAGCUUUGGGCAAUCGACUCAAGAACUCCUUGAUUUGGAUCGAUGACAAGGGAACUAUCACCCAGAAUUACCAAAAAGUCCACCUUUUUGACGUUGACAUCAAGGGCGGGCCCGUCUUGAAAGAAAGCGCGAGCGUCCAGCCAGGAAAAGACAUCGUGCCGCCCUUUGAGACUCCCGUCGGGCGUGUUGGUCUAAGUAUUUGCUUCGAUCUACGCUUUCCGGAGAUCAGCCUAGCACUGAGACGCCAGAAUGCCCAGAUUAUUACAUAUCCAUCAGCAUUCACAGUCCCGACGGGUCAGGCUCACUGGGAACCUCUGCUUCGAGCAAGAGCAAUCGAGACCCAAUCAUACGUAAUAGCAGCUGCACAGGCAGGCCCUCACAACGAGAAGAGGCGAAGCUACGGCCAUUCCAUCAUCGUCAAUCCGUGGGGGGAGAUCGUGGCGAAAUUGGGUGACGAAUACUCGGAGCCACAAAUUGCAACAGCCGACAUUGAUCUGGAUCUCGUGUCCAAGAUCAGGCGAGAAAUGCCGUUACUUAGAAGAACGGACCUUUAUCCCGAGGUGUAG